AUGGCUCCUAAGAAAAGUUCUGCUAAGACUAAGGCUACAUCUAAGGCUGAGGCUAUGUCUAACACUUCUAAGUCUCCUUCUGACCCUGCAACUAGAGGUACUACAAUAGCAAGGAAGACAGCAGCAGCACUAAGGAGUGCUCCCAGCAGUGCUGUAGCCAAACCUACCAGCUGUACUACCAGAGCAAAGGCUACUAUAUCUACUUUCAGUGCAGCCAAAGCCAAGAAAUUGGAGGCACUCAAAAAAGCUGCAAAGGAGGCAGCCUUGAAGAAAGCAGAAAUGCAGAAAAAGGAUAUAAUGAGAACAGCAGCAACGCUGGCCAAGGAGUCAGCUGACUUUGAGGAGGAGGAAGAGAAUAAUGAAGAGAGUGUAAUAUCUGCUACUGGGCAUCCAAGGAAGUUAAGAAAGAUAACUUUUGAUUCUAGUGAUGAUGAGGCAGAGGCAGAGGCACCCACAGAGGACCCUCUGGAAGAAAAUAAAGCUAAUCCUAGCUGUGCUAAAAAUAUCUUAUGUCUAGAAGAUUCUUCUGAUAAAGAACCCACUCCAGAAGAACCACCUGCAAAUGUUUCAGUGGAAGACACUUCUUUAACACAUAUGCUGCAGAACCAUGAGAUCGUCAUCAACUCUACUCAUGCUAAUAUCUCUGACACCACUGCCAGCAAGGGUGCUACUAAGGUCACUCUUAAUGAUUUUAAUAGUCCCAGAGCAGUACACAUUGCCAGAAUAGCUCUCAGAGGUAUGAAAAGAGAUACAGCCCUGCAGGAAGGAUUUUCUCUAUCUGGGAGGCACAUUUCUUUAAGUUGGACUAUUAUGUGUAGGGAGGCAUCUAACAACAACAAGCUAAAGGCCAAAAUGAAAGAAGUUCAAGUAGAUGAUGUUUUUAAAGUGACCAAGUAA